AUGGGACUUGAGUUUCGAAGUUCCAAAUCUAACUUCCUAUCCGUUUCCGGAAUCCUGCUGUUGUUUUGCUUUCAGCAGUUCAUUCUUUACUAUUCCAUAUACUACUUGAAAAGAGUGAAUGUUGUACUAUAUACACUUAUUAUCGAUGUACCUUUAGACAUGCUGUUGUCGUUUUUUGGACUCUACGUCACGCCUAUCGUGUUCCUGCUGUUCAACAACGCCUCAAAGUGCUCACUGUUUCAGGACAACAGCAUCGUGAGCGUGGAUGAGUUGUUGCAUUCCGACCUGGGCCUGUCAACCACAAUUGACUUAUGGGACCUGAUUCUCAUGUUUUCGCACCUGCUGAGUAACUUUUACUUAUCACAUAUGUUAUGUAAAAGUUUCUGGCGACUUCUUACUAAAAUGUGUAGUUAUGUAGUUGUGUUUAGUCAAAUAGCUAGCUACAGCAGACUGCAAGUGUUUACAAAAUUUUUAGAAUACUACAAGGUUGAGGUGAAGGAGGGGAAGAAUUUGAUUAUAAAGGCGAAGUUGUUUGUUGUUUUUAUCAUCUUCGUGCUCACGACGAUAUUUCUGCUGGGUCUGGUGAUACCGACAGUUGACGGGGACUACAAGGUGGAGGACAAGUUCAAGACGAACAUUUUCAACGAGGCGGUUCGACUGUUCAUCAAGUUCGUGAAGAUGUUCAGCAGAACGAGCGGCCUCGAGUACAAGAAGAACUCGGAAGCCCUUAACGACACGACGAGCCUGAAGAGCGUGGACGAGGGCGCGGGCUCCCUGGAUAUGUACACCAUGGCCAAGUUCACGUUCAUCAUCGGCUUCUUCCUGGUGGACAUUCCGUUCCUGUGUUACAGGCUGUACAUCCUCGUGAAGUACAACGUCUUCUCGCUGCUGCUGUACAAAAACUUUAUCUUCCUCUUCCUGAGGCCGUACAGGCUGAACAUGAGUCAGCUGGCGGAGAGGGACACCGCGAAGGGGGUGCAGACGGCCUUCCUGAACACGGACCUGCUCAGCGGCAACGGCGUGACCUUCAACCUUCUGGACGAGUCGGAGGAGGAUUCGGAGGCCCAGAUGCUGAGGAGGUACUCGAGGAAGAGCUCGAUGCGGAGGAGGAGGACGAGGGCGCUCAAGUCGGCCUUCCUGCCGAAGCUGCUGACGAAGCUCAGUUUCACUCAGCCGCGACCGCACACGAAGUCCGAUCCGAUUCACCUGUCGUCGAAGCUGUUCAACACGCCCCUCCACGCGAGGUUCGCCGGGGAGGCCGGCGGGAGGGCAGAAGCCAAUUUGGGCGACGGUCCCACCAGCAGGGCCGGCCUGUUCCGAAGGGGGAGCAGCUACGUCAGUGAGGGCACCAUGCGCGAGGGGAUGGCCAGGCGGGCCUCCACGGAGAGUGUGGAGUGCCUGGAAGGCGCGUCGGAGCACGCGAAGCACCACUACAGGAUGUACGUGCUGAAGAUUCUGAGGCGGAGCAAGGUGCUGCCCAUCAAGUCGUUCCCGGUCUCGGUCAUCCUCAGGCACUGCCGCCGCUUCCUCUUCUCCAAGUUCAGGAGGUUCGAGCACGCGCUCUUCGCAACCGUUGGCGACUUCACGGAGCCGAACCUUAACCGCCUGGUGCUCGCGGGCGCCUUUCUGUUCUCGGUGGCUCCGCGCGUGGCGCUGGUGUUUCUGUACCACUCGUUCGAACUCAGGUCGCCCCGCGAAAUCGUGAGCAGCUUUAGCAGGGGCGCCUCGUUCGCGGAGAAGUUCGCGCUGGAGAUGUGCUUCGGCUUCUCCUUCGUGCUCUUCGUGCUCUUCAUGUACUGCUGCAGGGUCUACGACUCCCUGUUCUCCUUCGCGCGCGACCUGCUUAACCUGUACUCGACGAUGGUGUGCCUGCACUGCUUCAAGAGCGUGCUCAGGGACUACGACUUGACGUGGCUGCUGUUUGUGUUUCUGCUGCACCCGGCCUACGUCACCAUCUCCUUUGUCGUCAAUGUCGUUUUCACUAAAACCGCCAGCAUUAACAAUGACACUGGUUUUAAUGGUGGCACUAAUACCAACAGUAACACUGGUACUAACACUAGCAGCACUAAUACCAACAGUAACACUGGUACUAACACUAGCAGCACUAAUACCAACAGUAACACUGGCAUAAACAUUAACACCAGUACAAACAUAGAUACUAUCAACACGAAUACAAACAUUAACACAAAUAGUAAUGCCAGCACCGUCAAGAUCUCUGAAAACAGUGGCGUAGGAGCAAGUGCCGGCCCUUCGCUCAACCGGCGGGCCCUCAGGGCCAAGGUGCUGAGCCUGAAGGCAGUGUACCUGCUCCUCAAGUUCUCCAUCGCGCCCGUCACCCUCAACCACCUUCUCUGCAGCCUCGACAUGGUGCAGACGUUCAAGAUCCACGACUCGCUUCUCUACUCGCAGUGGUCGCACUUCUUCUACUCCUUCUUCUUCAGGGUUCUCUGCUGCUUCAACCUCGACUCGAAGUCGUCGACGCUCGUGCUCGUGGUCGACCUGGUCCUUUUCUUUUUCUACAACGCCAUGAGUCAGUCGGUGCGCUCGCUCAUGUUCCGCAAGUACGAGGUGAACUUCAUCGUCAUGAGGCUGCUGGGUCUUCUGCGCUUCGACUGGGACCACCGGGACUCGCCCUCCGAGCACUGCGUCACCUUCGCCGACGUCGACAAGUACAUCAGGUUGCAGGGUCUCUUUUCGUCCCCGGGGAUAAUAAUUCCCCCUUUCGUGUAA